AUGUCUAUCCCCAAGAGCUGCACGGUUCUCGUGGCUGGUGGUGGCCCUGCCGGGUCGUUUGCUGCCGCAGCCUUGGCGCGCGAGGGCAUUGACGUCGUGAUCUUGGAGUCAGACAAGCACCCGCGGUACCACAUUGGCGAGAGCAUGCUGCCGUCGAUGCGCCACUUUCUUAGGUUUAUCGACUGUGAUGAGAAGUUCAAUGCGCAUGGAUUUACUAAGAAGAAUGGCGCGGCAUUCCGGUUGAACAACACUCAGCCUGAAGCGUACACGGACUUCAUCGCAGCUGGCGGCCCCAACGGGCACGCCUGGAACGUCAUCCGAUCCGAAGGCGAUGAGUUGCUCUUUAACCACGCGGUCGCAUGCGGGGCCCAGGGGUUCGACACCACCAAGGUCGAGGCUGUCGAGUUUGAAAAUGUCCCCAACAGCACCACGGACAACAGCGCCAGCCACACCGAGGAAGGCAUCGUCAACCCUGGCAAGCCCGUCCGCGCCACAUGGAAGCGCAAGGACGGUACCACGGGCACCAUCUCGUUCGACUACAUCAUUGACGCGACGGGCCGGUUCGGCUUACUGAGCACCAAGUACCUCAAGAACCGGAAGUUCAACCAGAACCUCAAGAACAUCGCCAACUGGGGCUACUGGAAAGGUGGCGGCACGUACGGCGUCGGCACGCACAAGGCUGGCUCCCCCUUCUUCGCGGCCCUGAAGGAUGCCAGCGGGUGGUGUUGGUUCAUCCCGCUGCACGACGGCACGCACUCGGUUGGGAUCGUGCAGAACCAGCAGAUGGCUACGGACAAGAAACGCCAGCUGGGCUCGCCGGGGACGAAGGAGUUCUUUUUGCAUUCCCUGGACCUGGUGCCAGAGAUUAAGGCGCUACUGGUGGAUGGCGAGCUAGUUUCCGACAUCAAGUCGGCGUCGGACUGGUCGUACAGCGCAUCGAGCUAUGCCUUUCCGUAUGCGCGGAUUGUGGGCGAUGCUGGGUGCUUUAUCGACCCUUUCUUUUCGUCUGGCGUUCAUCUCGCGGUGCUGGGUGGGGUCUCUGCCGCUGUCACAAUCGCAGCGUCGAUUCGGGGCGAUUGCGACGAGUCGGCGGCCGCGUCGUGGCACUCAAAGAAGACGUCCGAGAGCUAUACCCGCUUCUUUCUGGUUGUCAGCAGCACUCUGAAGCAAAUCAGGGCGCAAGAGGACCCUGUCAUCCAGGACAUUGACGAGGAGGGGUUUCACCGCGCGUUCAAUUUGUUCCGACCGGUUAUUCAGGGGACGGCGGACGCAGACCCCAACGGCAAAGUCUCGCAGACUGACAUCUCCAACACGGUGAACUUCUGCCUUAAAGCGUUCUCGCAGGUCACGCCGGAGCAGAAAGAAGCGGUGUUGAACAAGCUCCAAAGCGCGGGUCUGGGCGACCAAACCCACGACGACGAGUCCAUCAUCAAAGCCCUGGACAGCCUGGAAAAGAGCUUGACCCCCCAGGAAGCUCUAGUUCUUGACAUCUUGCGCAGCCGGCGCAUGAUUCGUGAGGAUGGGUUCAACAUGGACAGCUUCGCCCUUGAUGCGAUUGACGGGUUGACGCCCAGGCUGGAGCGCGGAAACCUUGGCCUCACCAAAGCCGAGACGGCCAAACUUGACCGAGCUCAGUUGUACUCGGCAGACUUUCUGGAGGGCCGGGGUUCCGGUGUCAGAGCCGAAACCUCCGCGGCGAAGGGUGCAGCUGCGGGUACAAACGGGUCGAAUGGACUAAACGGCGUGACCAGUGGGGCGCCCACCACUACGGUUAAUGGUCUGAGCAACGGCACGACCAAUGGGACGACCAAUGGGACGACCAAUGGGAGCGGCAACGGCCACAUCAACGGUCAUACCAACGGUCAUGACGAGCACGCAAAGCCCACGGCAACCCAGAGCACGAUCAGCGGCACGCCAAAGCCUGCGCUCGGUAGCCUGUUCGUCUCCCCCGUGAAUGGCCAGGCUGCUCUGCUAGACGAUGUCGGUAGACACGCAGUUAUGAACACCCUGUAUGAGGCCGCCGAAAACCUCGAGACCCCGUUUGAUUUUAUAAUGCGGAUUGGAAACGCGACCCGCCUUCUUACCUUCAUCCGCGUAGGGCUCCAACUGAAUGUGUUCAAAGCCCUUGUCGACACACCGGAGACCCUGAACGCCGAACAACUUGCAGCCCCGAUCGGCGCACACCCCGAAUUCGUUGACCGCGUGGUGCGGUACUUGGCCGCCAACCGGCUGGUGGCUGAGGUUGGGCCAGGGCGCUUCGCAGCGCGGAAAUUGACGCACUUCCUGGCCGAUCCCGGUGUCGCGGGUGGUGCAACGCUCUUCCAAGCUGCUAUUGCGCAACAUACUCACCACCUGCCCGACUCACAUCUCGCUCGCGACAACUACGCCCAUACCAGCUACGCUGACAUCUCAACUAGCCCAUCCGUUUUCCAGGACUGGUCCGGCAGCGAUUUCUACCCUUGGCUCAAGGCCCGGCCUGACAUAUUGUCUUCCUUCCAGGGGUUGAUGACGGUCGACCGUGGCGGAGACUGGCUCGAUUGCGUCUCCUUUGGCGAAUCGGAUCUUGGGGCUCCUGGCCAGAUGAGUGGUAGACCCGUCCUUGUCGAUGUGGGGGGCAACGUCGGCCAUCAGGCCCGGCGAAUUCUCGCCGGAAACCCUCACUUAGCCGGCCGUUUGGUGGUUCAAGACCUGCCCGAAACGGUUGCCAACGCACCCCCGACUAAGGGCAUUACUUUCCAGGCGCAUGAUUUCUUCAAGCCCCAGCCGGUGCACGGCGCAAAGUAUUACUACCUGCGCUCCAUUCUGCACAACUGGGAUGACAAGCACUCGGUAGAUAUCUUGCGUGGUCUCGUGCCGGCUCUUGGCCCCGACUCGCUGGUGUUGAUCGACGAGCUAGUCGUGCCUGACAUGGGUGCUGAUACCUGGGUCACCGGCCAGGACCUCAACAUGAUGCUGUUGUUGAAGGGAGCGGAGCGGACCAAGGGUCAGUGGGACACGCUGCUCGGUAGGGCUGGAUUGGAGAUUGUCGAGAUCAGGACGUAUGCGCCGGUGAGGCGAAGCUCUAUCAUCUUUGCUCAGCGGAAGUGA